GAUCAGAAUGUGACCAUCCGUUGUCGGAUGAUCAAAAAUUGGGCAAAACUGGGGAAAAUCGAUAACCGGUUUUGUCUGGAAAUACCGAUUUGACCGCUGAGCAGCGCUUAAUUAUCAGCUGAUGUUUAACUACGGUUCGUGAAUACGGCCGCUAGAGAUUCCCUCCGUGCCAAUCUGGGUUGUAUUUACUGUCUUUAGAUUGGAUUUGUGAUUUCUCCGCUCAAGAUUGUCAUAAAGUGAAAGCUAUUUUAGCUUUCUUUGUUGAUUCUGGCAGAUAUUAAAUUUCUUGUGAUAUUCGUGUUUUGAUUUUGUUAUCCCGUUCAGGAGCAUACGCCGGAAAUCAAACCUCCAUCCUCCUGUGGACAAUAACAUUGCCCAUUCGGCGUCAAGAUUUACCGCCGAUAUUGAAUUUUCUGUUUAUCUUUCCCCGACUAGGUCUUUGAAGGCAAAUAUCAUAUGGCAGCUCCUAAAAAACUGAAAAUUUUGUGCCUUCAUGGUUACAGACAAGAUGCUGAAUCUUUCAAAGAUAAAAUUGGUGGUUUUCGAAAGACUAUCAAAAGUACUGCUGAAUUAGUAUUUGUGGAUGCACCCCAUGAAAUUCCCUCAGAAUCAUGUGUCAGCGCAAUUGAAGAAGGAGCCACAGAAUUGAGAGGAGGUCGUAGUUGGUGGUUCUGUGAUAAUACUAAAGACUUCAGUUCCAAAACAUCCUGUAAUGAUGUUGAAGGUUUUGAGGAAUCUGUAAAUACCAUUGCUGAAGCUUUUAAAUCUCAGGGACCUUUUGAUGGAAUUCUAGGUUUUAGUCAAGGAGGUGCACUUGCUGCUUUGAUUUGUGCUUUAAAAGAACACGAAGAAUUUGAGUACGACUUUCACUUUGUUGUAAUAAUAGCUGGUUUUCGAAGUAUUGCCAAAUGCCAUGAGUAUCUUUACUCAAAGCCAAUAAAUAAAGAAAGUUUGCACAUUAUCGGAGAAAAUGAUGCAUGCAUAUCAAAAGAUCGAAGUGAAGAAUUAAUUCCUCUUUUCAAGUCAUCGUCAGUUGUUUAUCAUGAUGGAGGGCACUUUAUUCCUUCUAAAAGCUCCGUGAAGGCUGAAUAUCUACCAUUUUUCAAAAAUAUGCGAAAUAAAGAGUUUGAGUGAUAAUUAUUACUCACUCUCUUAAGCACUGUCUUACGACUGCUGAAACAUUUAUUUUAAUUCUUGCUGAAGAUUGUGGUGAACAAUUUGAAGAUUAUUUCGAUAAUGGAAUGUGACCUGCUGUAGCAUUCAGAUAUCAUCAAUGAUAUUUGAAUGCUGUGGAUGAAAUCAGAUUUCCAAGUGUACAUUUGACAAACUAUAUCAAUCUUAUUCGAAGAAGAAUUGAAUAUUGGCCUGAGAAAAGUAGACUUCAUCUUGGGUUUUGAAAUGGUCAUAGCAUGAUUGAAGUAAGUUUGAAAUUCUGAAUUUUAGAACCUAAAUACGAUAUUAGUUUAAUGAUUUGUAGAAUAUGCUGCAGUUUCUCAUGAAAUAAGUUUUUAAAAAAUUUAAUUUCUAUGUUUCAUGCCUGAUUAAUUAUGAAUUAAAAUAUUUAUUAUUUGUACAUUCCUAUUAAUAUUUAUAAUAUGGUUCGGAGUAAAUGAGAUCAAUCCAGUGCAGAUCACUUGCAGGAAUUUAAUAUAUAUAUUAUCAGUGUUGGAGGUUUGGCUAUGGUUUCGAUAUUAGAUUGAAUAAAUAUAGGGAGUUAUGCGUAACUAUUUCACGUUUAUCUAUAUUGAAUAGUUUUAUUUAGAAUUUCAAGGAAGUGUAUGGAAAAAGUUAUUUUUAGGAAAGGGAGAAGUGAUGUCUUUGGAAGUGAAAUAUAUAAUGUGAUUUACAUAGCACUUUUUGAUUGAAAAGUGAUAAUAACAUUUUCUCUAACUCGCACUUUACUUAUGUUUUUAGUAAAAUCAUUAACAUUUUUUUUUAAAUUUCCUGUUAUGCUUUUUAAAUUCCCUAUUAGAUUUUACGUUUAACAGGAGCUACUGGUUUUAGAGCCAUCUCUAAGAGAUCUGAUAAAUGCAUUUGCUUAUAUUUUAUGCAGAAAAGAAUUCUUGCUUUAAAACAUUUCAUUUAUAUUUUCUUCUGAAAUAACAUCCUUUCAAGAAGAAAAUAUAACAACUUGAGAAAACUGUGACAGAGAAAUUGACUAUGAAGGAAAUCCUUUUGAUAUUGCAAUUCAUAUUAUGAAGAGAUCUCACAUCUUCACAUGAGAUCAUUUUUGUUCGUUUCACAAGUUCCAGCGCUCCGAAAAGUCAUUCAGAUAUAUGUAGGCUGAUGACUUGUACUCUGGCAGAUAAGAUACAAGUUACAAGGCCAUCACAAAAGGUCAAACCGAGAAUUCCUACAUGUAGGACUUUGACUGAAUUUCGAGUAUUUUGAAUAAACAAGAAUUCAACUAUAAAAGAGGUCUUGCAACCUUCAUUAUAAACGAUUUAAAUGCUAAAGUUUCUGCUGUGAAGAAAACCUGGCCCAAAAGUCAGCACUUCUUUAGUUUUUCUUGUAGAGCAGCUUGUUUGGGGAUGAUUUUGGGAUUCCAGAAAUGCAAUCCUAAAUAAUUACAGGAGGUAAUUCGUGUCUCGCUUUCAAAUUUUAUAUCUUGAGUUAUCAACCUGUGCAGAAGAAGCACAUUAUAAUGCAGUUGAUUAUGGUGGAUCCUAUAGUCCAACUUCUCCAUUAUAAAAUCAUUAUUUGCUGAAAAGUUGAAAUAGGAGAGUGUUAUAACUUGCCUUUUGUGCUGCCGAACUGUGGUUGUCUGUUUUAUUGUUUCAACGUAUUUAUUAAGAUUGUGGCAACACCACAUUUUUCUAUUAUAAAAGCUCGCAUCAAUAUUUUCAUGGCACCCCGCAGCGCAAGGCUCCUAGAGCAUUCUGGUUUAAUUUUUUUUUUUAUAAAGGUUGAUUUUUAAGGUUUUAUUAAUAAACUUGUUGUUUAAACUUUUGGCUUUUCCCUCAAUUGAACACGCUGUAGCCACUUUGCUUUAAUUUUCGCAUCAUAAUAACUGAUGACCUGCUGUUUAAAUUCAAUAAUCAAAAUUUUAGUAUUCAAAAUUUUGUUUGUUUCGAAUGCAUUUUUCUGAGGUUAAUUCUGGUGUUGUGGAAGUUACUUGCAACCGGAUCUGGUAAGAUUUUUCUCUUUUUUGAAUUGAAUAUUUGAAUUUAUCCUUUUUUCUUGUUACCAUGUGAUUUACAAACUAAACCUAAAUUACCCUCGGAAACUUUACCUUCAUUGGAAAUUGGAGAUGAUCCCCCUAGAGAAGUUUCCAGAAUAGCUUUCAGGGCACCUCCUUUCUUGAAGACGGACGUAGACCUCUGGUUUUUGCAAAUUUAGCGGUAUCCGGCAUCACGAAUGACAGGACGAAAUUCCAUUGCAUCGUGUCGUCCAUUGAUGCCGAGGUCUUGGCCCACGUGGCCGACUUAGUUCGCGCUCCGGUCACUAAAAAUUCCUACCUCAAUCUAAAAUCUAGAAUUUUAACAAAAAAAUUUACCAUCCGAUCUCAUAUUUAAAAAAAAUCUUCAUAAGGAUAACAGCUUAAGAGAUAGACGUCCUUCGUGGUUACUUAGACUUCGGGAUGAGAACUUUGGCUGGCGCUAGGGUAACUGAACAAGUUCUUAAAUCCCAAUGGAUUCAACGCUUGCCAGUUCGCAUGCAACAAAUCUUAGCAGUUAGUGGUGACUUUUUGGAAUUACUGUCAAAAAUUGCCUAUAAAAAUAGCCGAAGCUUCAGAAUCUACCAGAGAAGUACAGGAAUGUUCGUCGUCAGCCGCAACUCUUGACUCCUUGCAGCGGCAAAUCGUAGCACUUCAAGAAGCCGUACAUCAGCUGACUCGCAGGCAAGAAGGUAGCAAGUACAGCAAACCAAGACAUUCCAAUUCAAAGAGUCCAAGUAGAAAACGACCCAAUUCCCAACCUCGCGGAAUCUGUUGGUACCACGCACGUUUCGGUAUUAAAGCUGACAAGUGCGUUCAACCCUGCUCCUUUCAGGUAAACUAAACGCAUCCCAUGUUAAGGCGCCGACCGGGGAUGAGCAGAAGUUCGCUCGCCUAUUUGUCCAUGAUAGGAGGUCUGGAUCGAAGUUUCCGGUGGAUACUGGAACGAGUGUAAGUGUUUUGCCUUGCAAGAGUUUCCCUAGUCAAGUUCCUGAUCCUAACUUCACUCUUUACGCAGUUAACGACAUCCGGAUACCAACCUUCCCCAGCAAAGAACUCACUUUAGACUCCCUCUAGAAUUUCGAUUAUUCUCUUGGUCCUUCUUCCUGGAUGAUGCGAAGAAACCCAUCCUGGGAACUGACUUUCUUGAGCAUUAUGGUCUGCUAGUUGACAUAAAGAACUGUCGGUUGAUCAACACGUUGACAUCAAUCUCUAUCAAGGGUUCCAGCACUCGCAAGCCAUGCUUGGGACUGAAGACCUUAAGCGACUCUUCUCCGUAUCACAAGCUGCUGUUGACGAAAGGACCACCAGUGUUUGUCAAGGAUCGGCGUUUUUCGCCUGAGAAGGUGGUUGCUUGGAGAUAUAAUCCUUGCUUAACAGAGGCAUUAUAUGCCCUUGGUCUACUCCCAUCCACAUGGUGCUAAAGAAGAAUGGCGAGUACAGGUUGUGUGGAGACAGUCGUCGACUUAACGCCUCGCGAUCCCCGACAGGUACUCAAUCCCUCAUUUGCAUAAUUUCUUUUUUGGGUUACAGGGUAAAACCAUCUUCUCCUAGCCCGAUCUGGUGAAAGCGUGCCAUCAGCUGCCUAUGGAGGAGUAAUCCAUGAAGUAGACUGCAAUCCUCACCCCGUUUGGAUCUUUCGAGUACCACCGGAUGUGCUUUGGAUUGUCAAACGCAGCUCAAAUUUUCCCACGAUUCAUAGACAACGUCUUGAGAGGUCUAAAUUGCUAUGCCUACCUGGAUGUUGUGUUACUGGUGUCUGAGUUCGAGGAGUAGCAUAUCAAAGACCUGGAAGAAAUCUUCAAACAUCUUAACAGCUUUGGUAUUAUCCUAAACCCUGAAAAGAGCAUUUUCAGGCAAAGCCAAAUGGAGUUCUUCGGGUACUUGGUUUCAAGCAAAUAAAUUUCUCCAUUACCUGAGAAAGUUGAAACCCUGCGGAAUUAUCCACAGCCCAAGACGGUAAGUGAGCUGCGUAGAUUCCUAGCGAUCUUGAACUUCUACCACAAGUUCCUCAGAAAUAGUGCUGAGGACCAAGAAACCCUGCACGACUUCUGCAAAUGAAAGCCGAAGAAGGGUAAUUCUAUUAUCGAGUAGUCCAAUGAAGCAAAGUCACUCUUUGAAAAGUACUAGAAUUCCAUAGUCCAAGAUACAGUUUUAGCCUAUACGAAGCUGGAAGCCGACCUAUCCGUUGUAGUCGACGCAUCAGACUACGCUAUAUGAGAAAUCUUGCAGCAAAUCCACGGCGCAGUUGCAGAGCCCAUAUCAUUGUUUUCAAGGAUGCUGACCGACACCGAAAAGAGAUACUCUACCAACGACAGGAAACUGUUGACUAUUCACAGCGCGGUAAAACAUUUCCGUCACAUGCUGGAAGGUAGGCAGUUUAAAGUUCUAACUGAUCGCAAACCCCUGACUUUUGUAUUUCACAAAGUUAACGGUAACAGUUCUCCUAGGCAGUGUCGUCACCUCGAAUUUAUCUCUCAGUUCACCACUGAUAACCGUUAUGUGAGCUGGGAGGGCAAUUCUGUGGCUGACGCACUGUCAAGAGUUUCUACUAUUAAAGUCCUCAACUCUAUUGAUUAUCAAGGCAUGGCAUAUUCACAAGCUAAGGAUAAACAACUUAAUUUUUUCAAAUUUGAUUCUAAAUUUAAAUUUAAUUACUUCAAA